AUGUCAACUCCAAAAAUUCAAUCGAAGACCCUUUCACAACUAAAAAUUCCUGGAACUCACAAUUCUGGAUCAUAUGGUCUACCACGAAAAUUAUCUCAGAUCAUCUAUGGAAAUAUCAAAUUUUUGUGGAGUUUAAGUGCUGAUACUGCCCUAACAAAUGGUCAGCUGCCGUUCAGUAAAGAUAAGAUUUAUGUUGGUCGCAUCUUGUUAGAUUAUGUUCUUGAAACUGCACUUCGAAUAUCUAUUUCACAGAAUCGAACUAUUCGACAGCAACUCAAUGAUGGUAUACGCUUUUUUGACUUGCGGAUUUACUACGAUACAGAUGGAUCCUUCUAUAUUCAGCAUGGUCUUCGUGGUCCUGAGCUGAAUGAUGUACUUCAUCAAGUUAAAAGUUUCCUCGAUAUACAUUCUACAUCGGGUGAAUUAAUUUUUCUUUCUAUUUCUCAUACCAAUUUUGGUAUUGAUCCUGAAAUCCUUCCAGCUAAAGUGACGACAAUCAUUCAAAACAAUCUGAAAUCUUAUCUCUAUAUGCCUGCGAAUUCCGUCGGAGUCAAAAACUUUGACUUUCAGAGUCUGAAAGAUAUAACCCUUUUUUCUAUAACUACUACUAGGUUACAUAGUACAUCACCGAAGGUUAUCAUUCUCAAUAUUGACAACUCCGAUGAUUACUAUUACAAAGAUACAGUUGUGAAUACUAGAGGAUUUGGAGAUUCAGGAAGAUGGACACUCAAUUCUAAUGGCGUCAAUAUCAUUGCAGAAUUAAUAAAACUCGAAGAUCAAGGAUUGAAGAAAAACAAGAAAGCCAUGUAUCAAAUAAGUUGGACACAGACACCACAGAUCAUGGAUAUUAUUCAAAAUGUUGUGAAUCAUUUCAAUGGAAAUGUACCCACGAUGUUGUUAAAACAACUAGCAUUAAAAACUAAUUCGGUACUUCGAGAAUUUUUGACUAAUCAUACAACGAGCAUAUUUAAUCUAAUCACUAUGGAUUAG